AAGUGUGGCAUUCGCUCGGUUCGGUGGCAUUCUGUGCAGCGGGCUGAACAACGUACGGUUGGUGAAAAUGUUGCUGCUGAAGAAAAACCUGCUCUGCUGGCUGCUCCUGUCAGCCAUAUUGGUGAAAACGGUGUACUGUGUCCCGACGGUGGCCGUUACCGAGGCGGACGACGAUAACGACUCGGAGUGGGACGAAGACGAGGAGUCCUCGGAGGCGGACGACGAUGGGCGGGUGUACAAGAAUCCCAGGAAUUCACCCUCAACCGAUUGCCCGCGGGAUGAGGAACAAGCGACGCUGUUGGGUCAGAAAUGUUUGCGCAAAUGCUCGUCGGAUGAGGACUGCAAGAGUAAGAAGAAGAAAUGUCUGUGUGACGGUGCGUGCGGUAUGUCCUGCAUUAAACCGGAUCGCGAAUGUCCGGAUCUCGCCCAACCAAGCCUCGGAUCGGUGACACUGUCCGGAAAGCACUUUGGAUCGCGAGCUGCGUACACCUGCCCGCAUGGUUAUCACGUUGUUGGGUUGCAAAGCCGUCUCUGCCAGGCGGAUGGAAGCUGGGCCGGUAGUGAACCUGUUUGCAAGCAAAACAUUUACUGCCUGGAACCACCGACCAUCGAGCACGCACGGCAUUCGGCCCUGCCCGAGCAGGCCACCUUCGAUCUGGACUCGACGGUGCAGUAUCAUUGCCACACGGGCUACGCAACGGCUGGGUUUCCACGCGCCAAAUGUCUCGCUGUGGACGGACAGGCUAGCUGGUACGGACCGGACAUUUCCUGUGAGCCGCGUUCUUGUGGACAACCACCGGAUCCGGCUCACGGAUGGCAUGCGGGUGAAAGCUACACGUUUGGUGGAAAAGUGACGUACCAUUGCGGUGAAGGAUACGAGCUGGUUGGACGUGCCGAGCGCUACUGCCAGGCUGAUGGAUCCUGGACACCGAAGGAGCUGCCGACCUGUGUUCUUGUCACAUCGGUGCAGUGUCCAUCACCGGAAAAUCCUCGUAAUGGUAAGGCUAUCUACACCAGCACUUCCUACAAUUCUGUCGUCAGUUAUGAGUGUCGCUACGGUUACACUCUCGUGGGUGAAAGCUCAAGACGUUGUGGAGCCGACAAACGAUGGACUGGAACACUUCCGGCGUGCAAGGAGAUCAACUGUGGCCAUCCGGGAACGCUGUACAAUGGUUGGUUGGAGAACAUCGAGAGUGGCACGGGACUUGGAGCUAGCAUAAUAUUCCGGUGCCACCCCGAGAUGUUGCUGGUCGGUAACACAUCCUCGGUGUGUCAGAUCGAUGGACGCUGGCGUUAUCCAUUGCCACAGUGCUUAGCACCGUGCGUAGUUCCAUCGAUCUCACAGGGUCAAGUCAUCCCGGUAGAGUUCGAGAUAGACGUGAAUGCAACAACGGUUUCCGUACCAACCGGUAGCAGCAGCUCGAAGGUAAAACACGGCACCGUUCUGGAGGUAAUCUGUGACGAACACUACGAGUUCCCGUUCUCGUCCUUAUCGCCACCAACGUGCAACAACGGCACGUGGAGUGUAAUCCCGCGAUGUGCGCCAGCUCGCUGCAAGACGAUGCCUCGACCACCCAAAUUUGGUAUGGUAUUGGCUCCAAAAACGGAGCAUGGAAUGCGAGCGCGGUUUAAAUGCAAGGAUGGGUACAACUUGACAGCACCGGGUGGUAAACCUAUACCGGACCCAAACAACUACGUGCUGAUAUGUUCGUUCGGUAACUGGACUGGCGAGAUGCCACAAUGUACCGAAGUUUACUGUCAGUUCCCGGGUUACAUCCCUAAUGGGAAAGUACUUCUAGUGGGCAACAUGGGUCUGUACGACUACCGGCCGUACGUCCGCAAGGUGAUCAACAACAAGCAGAUCAUGUACGAGUGCGAUAAAGGAUAUGUGAUCGAUACGGGUCCACCUGGUGCGACUUGUAUCGGUGGCAAAUGGAGCCCAACGGAGUUGCCAAUCUGUACACCAGGACAACACCCACGGUUACGGUGGAACCGACGUCGGCGAUCACUUGAUUUACGGUUGCGGUUCCAACGCUCGAACCAGCUCAAACAACACUACCGCUAUCUACAACGUAAGCUUGAAGAACACGAUGCGUACCAGCAGCAUGGCGUACCGGUGAAACGUUCCGCUGGAGCGAUGGCGUAUCGUGGUCAAAUCCACACACCCAAGCGUCAUUACACGUUCGACGACUUCCAGAGGCUCCGAGCGAAGCGUAGUAUCGAGGCAAACCGAAACGCGCUGUUGAGAAGCGCCUACCGGACGGCGAUGGUACGAGAACGUCGAGAGCUUUCGGAUAUGGAGGCGUACAACAAGUACUACGAGCGUAUCAAGGUGAAGUACCGACACUACGUACAGAAUUUGUUGGGUUUCAAUAAAGGACGAACGUUCCCCAUAAGCGAAGACAUUCACGUGCAGGAUGGCCGGUGGCAUUCGUACCCGGAACCGGAUCCGGUAAGCCGGAAUAGGGGUGCACAAAAUGGGCGCGAAUCGGAACCGGGCCAGGUGGUUGGAACGCCUAUGCCUACACCGGCUGCAACUCGACGCCCACGCCCGAAUAAGGGCCGUCCUGGGAAGCAACGGAAACCGAAGCUUCCACCACCGAUCACGAUUCCGGAUAUUAACGAGCAGUCGCGGUAUAGGCUCGAUUUUAUCGAGAGUGCUGAAAGCAAUCGCACUCCGGAUCACUUGAAUGAGAACGACAUCUACAGUAACUACUUCCCGCCACCGUUAACCGGGCGGUAUCACACGAGCUGGCAGUUUGCGUCCGAAGUAACGCCGCAACGUCACCGGAAUGAGGGCAAUCAGUACCGGAACACGCAGUACCGGGGUUUGACACGGAAUCGCACGGAACCACCGGCUGAGGAAAGUCCGCUAGCGUUAAUGGAGAAGCUUCAGUCGCAGAUCAUUCGCAGGAAGCGUGAUACCGGUGCGGGUUCGAUGGAGGAGACGAAACGUGCCCAUAAAGCGAACCGGAAGGCAUUGAACCAAACGGACGCGGACAGCUUGGAUCCGGCGCGAAAGGUGAAGUUUAAGGGACCGUGUGAGCCACUGGCGAGUGAACCGUACGCUCAGCUCGAGAUCGUACGACCGGGUAAGGAUCCCAAUGAAACGUUUGGACCGGGCACGAUCGUGCGGAUCACCUGUACAAAAGGGUAUGUGUCGAACUUUGUCAACCCUAACGCGACCGCUAAGUGCGUGCGAGGACGCUGGAAGCCAACCAAACCGACGUGCAGUAUGAAGCCCUGUUUCGUUCCAUCGACCGAACACGGAAAGUAUUACGAGUCGUCGGUAGAUCUGACGACGUUGGAUGCCGUGCGACCAACCACGGCCGCUUUGACACCGAUGGAGAAAACCGAGAAUGGCAAGAUGAUCAACUUCCAGUGCGAUCACGGGUAUAACACGCAGGGACCGUCGAACCUGCGAUGUUGGAAUGGUGAGUGGGCAGUUAGUUCACUGCCGGAAUGUUUGCCAGCACCGUGCGUGUUGCCACCGAUCAUGCACGCCAUAUAUCAGGGUGGUUAUCGUGCAGGCCUCACCAUCGCUCACGGUAGCUCCGUAAUGAUCCAAUGCGAGAGUGGAAUGGGCAGCGUAUCGUCCGUCCAGAUGGACUGCGCCCUCGGUUCGCUAACACCCGAAACGAUCAACUGCGGGUACAUAUCCUCCCGGAAGUCACGCGAUGACGACAGCAGCUCGAUCAUCGUGCUCGACGGCAACAACGUGACGUCAUCCGAGGACGAAAACGAUGGCCGAGAGUGUGGUCCACCGGGCAAGAUCCACGGUUCGCUGGUGUACAAAAAUGGCGAACAGCUGGAUGAGACCAGUGACGAAGGUUUCCCAUCCGGAACAGAGAUCACGUUCGAUUGUAUCGCAUCGAUCACGGGCGAACAGACAACGUGGAAGAUCAUCUGUGAGGAUGGCCAGUGGGUGGGCCGAUCGAUGAAUUGUGACGAUGAUGACCCGCUGUUUAAUCGGAUACCGUCGGCGAAUGGGUCGUGCAUGUUCCGCAACAACGAACCGCACGUGGUGAGCUUCUACAACGAUCUAGAAAUACGAGAGGACAUCGUGGAGCUGCCACCGGGGACGACGAUCAUUUCGAGGUGUGUCGAUAUCGGCAAGUACGCCAUGAUCGGUACCAGCGUGCGGACUUGCGUUCGGUCGGAAUGGAGCGGCCAGAAACCGUCCUGUUUUGGGUUAAACCAGGAGAAUGAUUAUGCAAUGGAAAAACCACCCACCAUCUUGAUACGCCACCAGAACGGUCCGAUAGCGCAGAGCAACGAUGGCAAGCUGAUCGUGUACCCGGGAACAACCGUCCAUCUGGAGUGCCUCUGGAUGCGUCGGUUUGGUAACCCUCGGUGGAAUGUUAGCCACGACUACCGCAAGUACCCUGAGGGCUGGAGCUCGGACGAGGGUCGCGAUCCGCAGCUGGAGUUUCGCAUCAGCAUCAUGCACGCGGUCAAGGACGAUUCGGGCAGCUUCACCUGCGUUACACCCGCCCGUCACACGCACACGGUGGAGGUGGUCGUAAAGGCCGUUCAUUGUAACGAGAUCCAGGUGCGUCGAGGGUUGUCAGCCAGCACCGGUGAGACGAUGAUGGGCACACGGGUUUUGUUCUCCUGCACGAACGGGAACGCGUUGAUCGGAACACCGGAGAUCAGCUGUCUGCCGAGUGGUAACUGGAGCGCCCCAUUACCCGUCUGCGAGAGUGUCGAGUGUGGUGAGGUCCCAAUUCAACCGAGCAGCAACGGAUCAGCUCCACGAGUCGCCAUUUUGUCACGGGAAGUUGGUGGACGGGCGGCUUUCUCCUGUCCACCGGGUUAUGGGCUGAGAGGUCCAAGUGAAGCCAUCUGCUUGCCCACAGGCGAGUGGGGUGGACCUUUCCCAUCUUGCGUUGAAGUACAAUGCUUUCACCCGGGUGCACCUCAGAAUGGAUACGCGCAAGGAACGCCACCUUAUCGGGCCGGUGAUGUGGUGCAGUUCAACUGCAACCCUGAGUACAUGAUGCAGGGACAACCGAUCAUCGCCUGCCAGGAUAAUGGACGUUGGUCAGGAGGGCUUCCAAAGUGUGUCCAAGCCUGCUCGUACCCAGGCACCGCGAUCAGCGGGCGAAUGUCGUCGGUGAAGUUCUACUACUCGAUCGGUGAGAGCAUCACGUUCACGUGUGACGCUGGGCUGGAGCUCCGGGGUGCCAAGAUGCUAAAGUGUCUCAAGAACGGCAAGUGGUCGAACGCGAUCCCGACGUGUGUCAAUCCUGACGCCGUGAACGUUCGCACCGACGCCAAGGGUGUGUUCAAGCGGGACAAUUAAGCGGGAUGGCAUGCGGAGGUGAGAGGUGAAAUGGUACUACGGAACAUGAACCACAAAAAAAAAACGGAUGAAGGAACGUACAAACGACCCACCUACCGGCGCUUCCAGGAACAGCACCAGUCGGGAGUAUUGCAGCGCCACCGCAAGGACACACGAAUCAAUAGGCAAUCGGUUUCGAGAGAUGGGCGCGAGGUCACGAUAAAAUAUAAAACGGCCCAGCUGGAUGGAAUUAAGGAGGGCAUUGUGAGUGAAUUUCGAGCAAUCAGAGCCGUUCAAUGGGAACCGCUCCAACAUGCACCGUACGCAAGCCAUCACAAGCCCUAGUUGAAGGUGCGUAAUGGCGAAUGGCACACUGAGCCCUCGGUGGUCAUUCGUUGGGAGGAUGAUCGUGCGUAAAGUUGUUUGUAAAAGGUCUGUAAAUUGACAGCUGCCUUUUUUUACAUCCAACUUUAGUACGUUUUCAGGAGGAAAAUGAUGCAUUUUUUCCACGAAUGACCACCUGAGGGUUGCACUGUGCACGUGCCCGAAAAGGGCAAAGGGUACAGCUACUUAAUAAUAGUAAUAAGAAUAAACAACAAUAACAAAAUCAUAGCAAUGCAAAGAAGAGAAAAAAAAAGCAAGCAUUAUCAUUAAAUACGAUUGGUGGUCUCAAAGUAAAGCCAAGCAAAACAAAGCAAAGCGAAACCAAACAUAAAAAAAAAACAAACAAACAAACAAGCAUAACGAACAAACAAGUCAACCAAACAUG